AUGGAUCCCGGCGGCGGCGGCGGCGGCGGCGGCGGCGGCUGCAGCAGCAGCGACUCUGCACCUGACUGCUGGGAGCAGGUUGAUGUGGAAGUCCCAGGUUCGGGCCUUAGCGGGGGCAGAUACAUCUCCGCGGUGGCCAAGACCCAGCGUGAACGUCUUAGCUCAUCUUUCAGCCGGAAGCUUAACGUCAACGCCAAACCUUUCGUGCCUAACGUCCACGCCGCGGAAUUCGUGCCAUCCUUCCUGAGGGGCCCGGCGCAACCCCUGGCCAGCACUACCAGCAACAGCGAAACCUGCACCAGUGCAGAAAACCCUGAAGGUAAAAGCCUGGGAUGGGGGGCACCUGUGGAACCUUUCAAAGAGGAACAAUUAGUAUUGUGUGAAGGUUCUGGUUCAGCUGUUACCAUGGAACUUUCAGAACCUGUUGUAGAAAAUGGACAGAUGGAAAUUGCCCUAGAAGAAUCAUGGGAGCACAAGAGAGAAGUAAGUGAAGCAGAGGUUGGGGGUAGUUUCUUGGGAGAUGCAGGGUCCCCAGAAGAAAGUGGCCAGGAAAUGAUGGAGGACAAAGAGGAAAUAAGAAAACCUGUAUCUGUGGGUGUACCCUCAGGUGCUACUAAAAAAGAACACGUAAAUGUGGUAUUCAUUGGGCAUGUAGAUGCUGGCAAGUCAACCAUUGGAGGACAAAUUAUGUUUUUGACUGGAAUGGUUGAUAAAAGGACACUUGAGAAAUAUGAAAGAGAAGCUAAAGAAAAAAACAGAGAGACAUGGUACUUGUCCUGGGCCUUAGACACAAAUCAGGAAGAACGAGACAAGGGUAAAACAGUAGAAGUGGGCCGUGCCUAUUUUGAAACAGAAAAGAAACAUUUCACAAUUUUAGAUGCCCCUGGCCACAAGAGUUUUGUCCCGAAUAUGAUUGGUGGUGCUUCUCAAGCUGAUUUGGCUGUACUGGUAAUCUCUGCCAGGAAAGGAGAGUUUGAAACUGGGUUUGAAAAAGGUGGACAGACAAGAGAACAUGCCAUGCUGGCAAAAACAGCAGGUGUAAAACAUUUAAUAGUGCUUAUUAAUAAGAUGGAUGAUCCCACAGUGAACUGGAGCAGUGAUAGAUAUGAGGAAUGCAAAGAAAAACUGGUACCUUUUUUGAAAAAAGUUGGCUUCAGUCCCAAAAAGGACAUUCACUUUAUGCCCUGCUCAGGACUGACUGGAGCAAAUCUUAAAGAGCAAUCAGACUUCUGCCCUUGGUACACUGGAUUACCAUUUAUUCCAUAUUUGGAUAAUUUGCCAAACUUCAGCAGAUCAGUUGAUGGACCAAUUAGGCUGCCAAUUGUGGAUAAGUACAAAGAUAUGGGGACUGUCGUCCUAGGAAAGCUGGAAUCAGGAUCCAUUUUUAAAGGCCAACAGCUUGUGAUGAUGCCAAACAAGCACAAUGUAGAAGUUCUUGGUAUACUUUCUGAUGAUGCUGAAACUGAUUCUGUAGUCCCAGGUGAAAACCUCAAAAUCAGACUGAAGGGAAUUGAAGAAGAGGAGAUUCUUCCAGGAUUCAUACUUUGUGACCCUAAUAGUCUUUGCCAUUGUGGACGUACGUUUGAUGUUCAGAUAGUGAUUAUUGAACACAAGUCCAUCAUCUGCCCAGGUUAUAAUGCGGUGCUGCACAUUCAUACUUGUAUCGAAGAAGUUGAGAUAACAGCCUUAAUCUCCUUGGUAGAUAAAAAAUCAGGAGAGAAAAGUAAGACACGGCCCCGCUUUGUGAAGCAAGAUCAAGUGUGCAUUGCCCGUUUAAGGACAGCAGGAACUAUCUGCCUGGAGACAUUUAAAGAUUUUCCUCAGAUGGGCCGUUUUACCUUAAGAGAUGAGGGCAAGACCAUUGCAAUUGGAAAAGUUCUGAAACUUGUUCCAGAAAAGGACUAAGCAAUUUUCUUGAUGAUCCUACACAAUACUGUGAGAAUUGACUGCAAAUGUUUACCACUUUCUUUAAUUUACUGCCCACUGACAGACUUUCCCCCAUAUUUUGCAAAGAUAAAUUUCACAGCAAAAAUCCAUGUUUUGUCAGCUUCUCAUGUUGAGAUCUCAGUUAUGUCACUGCCGAAUUUACACUCAAGUUUCUUCUUCCUACUCUAUUUGGCUUACUUGGACAGAACCAACAAUAGCUUUGUAAGUGGUGUGGAUGUAAUUGCCUAUAAUAAUGAAAAAUGAAUAUAUAUAUGUGUAUAUAUAUAUAUUUAGUUUUUCAUUUUUUCCCCUAAGGUAUUUAGACAACCUUUGUUCCCUGCAGAUCAAUCAGAGUGUGUCGGUGUGUGCAUACAUGUUGCAAAAGACAACUAACAUGUUAAUAAAAUAUUCCAGUUGAAA